AUGUCAAGGGUCAAAGGAUUAGCGUCCACUCUUUUGAAAGAGUUGCAAGAAACAUCCAAACACACGCUUAAAGACCAGCAGAAGGUGCUCCAGAAAAGAAAUGAGGCAAUGGCAGCUUAUAGGAAGAUCCAAGCUUCUAGGGAGGGAAAGUCUGAACCUCAAGUCGAAGACCAACAACACCUGAAUCCGAUCGCCGAUAUUUCUUUUAUUGACCACAUUUUACAAAAAGAGCACAGUUUAGACCCCAAAGAUGAGCUUCACGUGGAGAAUUUGGCCACUUUUGUAGCCAACCAUAGGGAGUAUUGUAUUCUUCUGGAACGAUACAAUCCUGGCAUUUCAAUGACACAAGAAAACAAGGUUAGAAAGACAGCUCGUCGCGUUGGAUUGGAAGUUCCUGAAGAUGUCAAAUCAUAG